AUGUCUCUAGGGGUGCAACUGCACGUUGGGGACAGUCAUGUGAUAAUGGAUAAUGGCAUACUACAAGUAACAUUAUCAAAUCCAGAUGGGAUUGUUACGGGAGUAAAAUAUAAUGGCAUCGACAAUUUGCUUGAAGUUCUUAAUGAAGAGGUUAACAGAGGGUAUUGGGACCUUGUAUGGAGUGAAGCUGGAAGUACAGGAACAACGGGUAUAUUCGAUGUGAUUAAAGGGACAAGUUUUAAGGUUGUAGUGGAAAGUGAGGAACAAGUAGAGAUCUCAUUCGCAAGGCUGUGGGAUCCCUCGCUUCAGGGGAAGCUCGUGCCCUUAAAUAUAGACAAAAGGUUUAUAAUGCUACGUAAUUCCCCGGGCUUCUAUUCCUACGCCAUCUACGACCACUUAAGGGAAUGGCCUCCUUUCAACCUCCCACAGACUAGGAUUGUUUUCAAACUCAGAAAAGACAUGUUUCACUACAUGGCAGUGGCGGACAACAGGCAAAGAUACAUGCCUCUUCCAGAUGACCGGUUGCCAGAAAGAGGCAAAGCUCUAGCCACCCCAGAAGCAGUUUUGCUUGUUAAUCCUGUAGAGCCAGAGUUCAAGGGGGAGGUGAUAAUGGAUAAUGGCAUACUACAAGUAACAUUAUCAAAUCCAGAUGGGAUUGUUACGGGAGUAAAAUAUAAUGGCAUCGACAAUUUGCUUGAAGUUCUUAAUGAAGAGGUUAACAGAGGGUAUUGGGACCUUGUAUGGAGUGAAGCUGGAAGUACAGGAACAACGGGUAUAUUCGAUGUGAUUAAAGGGACAAGUUUUAAGGUUGUAGUGGAAAGUGAGGAACAAGUAGAGAUCUCAUUCGCAAGGCUGUGGGAUCCCUCGCUUCAGGGGAAGCUCGUGCCCUUAAAUAUAGACAAAAGGUUUAUAAUGCUACGUAAUUCCCCGGGCUUCUAUUCCUACGCCAUCUACGACCACUUAAGGGAAUGGCCUCCUUUCAACCUCCCACAGACUAGGAUUGUUUUCAAACUCAGAAAAGACAUGUUUCACUACAUGGCAGUGGCGGACAACAGGCAAAGAUACAUGCCUCUUCCAGAUGACCGGUUGCCAGAAAGAAGCAAAGCUCUAGCCACCCCAGAAGCAGUUUUGCUUGUUAAUCCUGUAGAGCCAGAGUUCAAGGGGGAGGUGGAUGACAAGUAUCAGUACUCAUGUGAGGACAAAGAUCUCGGGGUCCACGGAUGGAUCUCCAUCGACCCACCUGUGGGGUUUUGGGAAAUCACACCUAGCGAUGAGUUUAGAUCGGGUGGACCCAUUAAACAGAACCUUACUUCCCAUGUGGGGCCCAUUAACCUCGCAAUGUUUCUCAGUGCUCACUAUGGAGGAGAGGAUCUUGUAUUGAAACUGAAACCAGAUGAACCAUGGAAGAAAGUCUUUGGCCCUAUCUUUAUCUAUCUUAAUUCUGUAUCGGGUGAAGAAGACCCACUUUGGCUUUGGGAGGAUGCUAAAAAUCAAAUGAGGAUUGAAGUUGAAAACUGGCCCUACAAUUUUCCGGCUUCUGAGGAUUUUCCAUCGUCUGAUCAAAGGGGCAGGGUUCGUGGUAGAUUACAAAUCCGAGACAGGUAUUUAAGUGAUGAGUGCAUUUCUGCAAACUCAGCUCAUGUGGGCUUGGCACCACCUGGAGACGUUGGAUCCUGGCAAACAGAAUGCAAGGGUUAUCAAUUUUGGACAAGAACAGACGCAGAUGGUUAUUUCAGCAUCAACAAUAUACAAAGCAGUGAUUAUAAUCUUUAUGCAUGGGUUCCUGGUGUUGUUGGUGAUUACCAGUACGAGGUUGUAAUUACCAUAAUUGCAGGUAGUGAUAUUGAUGUGGGUGAUCUUGUAUUUGAGCCUCCAAGAGAUGGCCCGACUCUAUGGGAAAUAGGCAUCCCAGAUCGCUCUGCUGCUGAAUUUUACAUUCCCGAUCCUGAUCCAAAGUAUAUUAACAAACUUUUUGUGAAUCAUCCUGACAGAUAUAGGCAAUAUGGAUUGUGGGAAAGAUACGCAGAUUUAUACCCGAAUGGAGAUUUGGUUUACACGGUCGGUGUUAGCGACUAUCACAAAGAUUGGUUCUUUGCUCAGGUUACCAGGAAAAUAAAUGAGGACACAUAUCAAGCAACCACGUGGCAAAUCAAGUUCAAACUCUACCAAGUGGAUACAACCGGAGCCUAUAAACUGCGAUUGGCACUUGCAACAGCUCACGUCUCUGAAUUACAGGUUCGGGUAAACGAUCCAGAAGCAGAUCCGCCGAUAUUUUCAACCGGAGUAAUUGGACACGACAACACAAUUGCUAGACAUGGAAUCCAUGGACUCUACCGGCUGUACAACGUUGAAGUAGCCGGCAAUUUGCUUGUGGAUGAUGGGGAUAAUACCAUUUUCCUGACACAGACACAAAGCACCGGCCCUCUCCAGGGGAUCAUGUAUGACUACAUUCGCUUUGAAGGCCCACCGUCCUCAUCAAAUUCCAUUAAAGAAGUCUAUAUUUAAUUGGUGUCUUUUAAGGGACAUUUGAUGUAAAAAUAAAAUACAUGUAAUAAAAACAUUUG